CUCCCGCCACCAAGAUGGCUGCUGUGGAGCGGCGCCCAGGAGGCGGGAAGACGCGGCGUUCUGCGCAUGCGCCGCAGGGGCGUUGCGGCAGCCCUCCCGGUGGGGAGGGGAAGUGGGCGGGCCGGCGGGUGAGCGCCGAGUGGCGUGGCGGGGUCGGCGGAGAGCGGGGCGUUGUCAGGUCUGGAACUUGCUCUGAACUCCCCGAAAUCCGUCGUGGUUUCCUUCCUCGCACGCAGUGGCCUUUCAGUCAGCAGCGGUGGGCGCAGUGACUCUGCAGGAUUUACCUCUGCCUCGUGCUGGAGUGACCCGGCUUGCGGAGAGGCUGGGCGCGCUCACAGCAACGCGAUGGACCUUACAGACGGCUCAGCCCGUGUUCCAGCAGGGGUGGAAUCGUUAGCAGGAUCUGCGCGCAGUCUGAAAAGGCCCUCAGGCCAUAUCAGCAUCCGGGUGUAGUAUUUUGGAGGACUUUGUUGUGCUAGGCAUCGCUGAGGCUUUUGGCAAUAAGGGCUCCUUGAAGAUGUCUGGCUCAUUUUACUUCAACCUGUCUGGCUAUUUGCUGUUUAACUGCUGAAGUUUUCCUACUGCUUGUUCUCCUGAAUCCUUAAUCUAUCAAGUUGUCAGAAGUGGCUGCUAUGGAAUCAAGAUCAGCUGAACUAAGAAGAUGUGUUCAAGAUGAUCCAGCCAGAAGACUUCUUACUUCAUAGAAAUUCUGAUUUCAUUUGAUAUGUAAUAUCACUUGACUAACCUAAGUUCAGUUAUUUUUCUUGAAAAUAAGACACCUGUGGCCUUCAUCAGAAAUGUUUCUAACAUUUUCAAGAAAAAACAUGUCCCAGAAACUAAGCAUGUUUUUACUAGUUUUUGGAAUCAUUUGGGGUUUGAUGUUGCUACGCUACACUUUUCAGUAUCCAAGACGUCAAAGCAGUGCUGAGCUGCGUGGUCAGAUAUUAGACCUAAGUAAAAGAUAUGUCAAAGCACUGGCAGAAGAAAAUAAGAAUUUAAUGAAUGGUGGCAGUGGAGCCUCUGUAGCAGGAUAUGCUGAUCUUAAGAGAACAAUUGCUGUUCUUCUGGAUGAUAUCUUACAGCGUCUUGUGAAAUUGGAAAACAAAGUGGAUUACAUCAUUGUGAAUGGUUCAGCAACAAAUACCACUAAUGGAACUAGCAACCAAGUAUCAGUAAAUUCAAGUAAACGUGCAAAAGCAGCAGGCAACAUUAGAUAGCAAAGCAGGCUAUGAUGUGUUGCUACAUGUAUGAUAGGUCGUAAUUAAGACAAGCUUUUUAUCUCUGGCUAGGGCAAAGCAGUAGCUGACUCUAAACGAAGCAUAUGCUAUUCUGUUGAAGAAUGCGCUGGAUAUGUGUGUGUGUAUAUAUAUAUAUAGGCCUAACUUAUGUGCAUAAGGUUCUUAAAGCACUAUUUCAUUGCCUUUGAGCAGUGCUUCUAAAGUGAUCCUUGUUGUCUUUAAAGAUAUUUUGAUAUCAUGAUUUGAUGUAGUAUGCCCUUGGAUAGUAACAGUAAAUGGACAGCAAUGAGGAACUUAGAGGUAGGUUUAUAAAUGUAUUUAAUUAAGUAUAAAUAUAGCAUAUCUUUUGGAUAGGUGAGCAGCAUUGUAGCUUACUCAUUUUUGUGAUCUGCAUUAAACAGGUAACUGAGGAGAACAUCAUUAAACAGAUGUUAGAAAAUGUGUAUACUUAACAGUAUUUUGUUACUCAUUUACUAAAAUAUUAAAUUGAGGAUAGCGCUUUGGGGGGGAUAAUGUUUUAGAAUUGUGACCCAAAGAAGGUCUUUAUUUGCACUAUCAGAAUAGCUAGAGAGAAUUUACUGUAUAUUUAAGAAAAUCAAUUAUAAUAGGAAAACAUCCUAGGUAGUUACACUGUCCAGGUGUAUCCUUGUGUCAAAAUUAAGGCAGUUAGAUUACCAAAAGCAAACAUAAUUGUGAUGUCUUACGAUUGUUUCUUACUGAGAUAUUUAAGUGUAUGUAUUUUUUAACUGCAGAUGAAACUAUUUAAGCAAUGGAAAUAAGUUUUAGAUAUGUGAAUACUGUUUAUUUUUAUUCACUGCUGUUUCUUUUUAACUCAUGAGUAACUUGUGAUUUGUGAUGAGAAUAGCACACCAGCUCCCUGAAAUGCUUCCUUGAUCAGGAGGAAGAGCAACGAAGGGAGACAAAGCAUCUCUGCCUUUAACAGAGAUAUGUACUAAAGGUGUCUUAUCAUGGAAUAUUUCAGAGCUAAGGUAAUGUUUGCCUUAUGUCUAAGUUAGCCUUAUAGCAAAGUGAAUUGCAGUGUGGACGCACUGUAUUCCAAAUGUUACUGAAGUCAUAUUCAAGUGCCACUGAGCCUGCUUUUUUAAAAUGUAGUGAGUGGUGAAAGUUUUGCAGGGAGGGGAAGGGUAUGUUCAGGGACUUUUGCCAAAAACGUGCAAGUUAUUUAUCAUUUAAUGUGAGUGGGUCUUUUUCUUUGUUUUUUCUUUUAAGUGAUUGUCUAAUUUUAAUUAAAGAAAAACAUGCAGUAAAAAUGGGGGUGCUAGAUGAUAUACCAUCCAAAGUUCCGUGUCUUUCUUUUUUCCCCUGCUGUUACUCUGGAUUUGUAUAAUGGAAAAUGUAGUUAGAACCAUAGCAGACAGAUAACAUUUUUUUUCCUGUCAAAUUGUGUGUAAAGUUGUACUUCCUUGCAAAAAGAGAAAAAUAAAUUUUUAAUUGUACUUACAAA